GGGAAGUGGCACAAUCUGCAGAGCUUUCAUCCAUCCCUUCUUUUGCCUCAAUUGCGCCGCCAUGAUGAGGUCUGCCACCUACCUCGUCCCGCUGCUCCUUGGCGUAGCCGUUGCAAGCCCCACGUUCCAACCAAGUGCAGUUGUUGACGCCGGGACCGUUGUCGGUGUGGCCACCUCGCUGCCCUCGUCGACGGUAAAGGUCAACCAGUUCCUCGGUAUCCCUUACGCUGAGCCUCCCUUGGGCACAAAACGGUUCUUACCUCCUACACCUCUGGCUGCCUUCGCAACGCCGCGGCUCAAUGCCACUCAAUGGGGCCAUAAAUGCUUUCAGCAGAAUGACUAUGAGGACGACCCAGUCGGCAGGGAGAACGAGGACUGUCUCACCCUAAACGUGUAUGCUCCGGCCAAGUGCUCCACAAAAGGCCGGCCCGUGUUGGUCUGGAUCCACGGGGGGUAUCUGCAAUCGGGAACCUCUGCCCAGACAGCUUUGGACGGCACAAGCUUUGCGACCAACCACGACAUCGUAGUCGUGACGAUAAACUAUCGCCUAAACGUAUUCGGCUUCUCCAACUCUCCGGCCAUCGCCAUCACCGAGACCAACGUCGGCUUCCUCGACCAGCGCCUGGCCCUCGACUGGGUGCAGAAGAACAUCCACGUCUUCGGCGGCGACCCGGCCAAGGUGACCAUCGGGGGCGAGUCGUCGGGUGGAUCCUCAGUCGACCGGCUAGUCAACACCUUCGCGCCUCCGCUCAAGCCGCCGUUCCGCGCCGCGGCAGAGUCGAGCGGGCAGGCGUCGGUCAGCCCGUUUGAGCGCAACAGCGGCCUGGCAGCCUGGAACACGGUGGUCUCGGAGCUGGGGUGCGCGGGCGACUCGCCGCAGGCAGAGCUGGCCUGUGUGCAGGCGGCCGACGGCAGGGCGGUCCGCGACGUGGUGAACGAGGCGAGCAUCGAUUUCGGCCCCGUCAACGACGGCGUGACGCAGGUUGAGCUGCCGUAUCUGGACAACCGGGCGGCGGGUCGGGCGGCGCAGGUGCCGCUGCUCAUUGGGACGUCGUCCCAGGAAGGGAACAACCUUGCUGCGACAUACGAGUUGACUCCGGCGGAUAUCGCGAACUUUUCCGAUGAUCAGUUGAUGGAGUUUAUCACCGGUACCACUGGAGGGGACGAGGCCUUGAUCCAGCAGUUUUACACCCUUGUGCAGUCCAUUAUGUACACGGAUGGACUGUCGUUGUUUUACGCCGCCGCGCAGGCGUAUACAGAACUUGUGUAUCAAUGUCCGGCAAAGUUGGUAUCCCACGCGGCAGCCCAGAGCGGCCUUCCAGCGUGGAGGUACUACUACAACGAAUCGUUUCCAAAUAUCCAUAUCACUGGCUAUCCCGAUUUGGGCGUGUAUCACACCUCAGAUCUCCAGAUGAUCUGGGGCACGUACCCGACCGAAGAUGCCACCCCGGUCGAGGCGGAGCUGAGCAAAACGAUACACGCAGCUUGGGCGGGCUUCGUCAAGGAUCCAUGGGGGGCUGGUCCUGGGUGGGGCAAGGUUGACGCCGCGGGAAGUAGCGUCGGCUGCUUUGGAUGUCACGGCGAGCUAACAGAGGCCACGGUUAUUAACGAGCAGGAGGUUGAUGGGAGAUGCGAGUAUUACGAGGGGAUUUACCAGACGGUGAAAACGCCCUUCUUCUGAGUCCCGUCGACGGACAAACAUAAAUCGGCUCUCAGUAGACUUUUCAAUGUAUAAGACGACCCGAGUUUGCCACUAAACUUUAUGGAGGCACAUCAUGGGCGGCAGAAAUAAGGUUGAACAGCUAGGAAACAGCAGCCUUAAAUUACCAUGCAAUGCGCAACUCUAAU